UUAUUGGCCAGAUGGCAGGUUUUGUCAGUCAGUAGUCCUUCGAGGUUCGAGCUUUGGACCCGUUUUGUAUUUUAGAGUUUUCUAGUUUCAUCUGUGAAAGUGUGAAGCCAGUGAGAGAUACAGAGUUUGAAAAAGGCGAUAUCUUUAGCUUAUUACUGAUGUGCAGUAACUAGUUGUUACCUCGCGUAAAGUUCGCAAUCUGGAACCCGAGGAGUUUCAUUUCUUUUGUACAAUUAUAGAAAUAUUCCGCGUUAAUAGUAUAAGCACAAUAUCGCGUCACAUACGUCAGUAAAUCGUACAUACACAAGCAGUAAUACGAUAAUUUAACAAAUAAAUCCAUUUUUCCAUACACUCUUCCUCGAUUUCCUCGUUUAUUUAUUUUCCUACUUACAUGCGUGGUGAUUCCAUGUCGCAACGAUGGUUGAUAGCAGUGGAGAAUACGUUCUUCAGUGGGAAGGACACGCUAGCCAUGUCACAGAGAGAUUCAGCGGACUUUUGGCCCGACAAUCCCUUGUCGAUAUUACCCUGAUUUGCCAGGAACAAAGGCUGCGCGUCCACAAGCUAGUACUUGCAUCGUGCAGCCUUUACUUUGAGGAAAUGUUGGAGCAAGAUCUGGGCCAGGAGCCGACAGUUCUAUUCAGCGACAUCAAUUUCGAAGUUUUGAAAUCGAUGGUUGAAUUCAUGUACUGCGGAGAAACGAAUAUUUCGAAACAGCACUUGGAACCUUUACUUCAAGCUGCUAUAGUGUUUAAGGUGAAAGAACUCGCUUCUAUUGUCAAAAAUGUGAUUGGAGCUAAAAAUAUCAACACAGAUGAAACAAGCGAUUGUUUGGAAGAAUUUUGUGAAGAAAAUGCCAAUGAUUUGGCAGAGGAAAGUGAUUACAGUUUAUUCAGUGACAAUGACUGUAGGCAGACUUUGACGUGGAAUAAAAUUGGAGUAGAUAUAUACCCCAGAAAUGACACAGAUGAAAGUACUGAUGCAGCAUAUCUGAAUGAUGACAAUUCAUCAACACACGACACCGAUGCAAGAAAUUCUGAUCAAUCUCAAGCAACGUUAUCUUUCAUUGACGUUGCACGUAAAAACAUCGAGCAAACCUACCCUGAUGUUCCCAGUGCUGUGAAUCCGGCAUUGAAAUUUGAUAUACACAGAAUUAGUACUGCAGAUAGUGUAAAUGCCGAUACCAACAUGUUUUGCAACGAUAAAAGCGGCAGGCAACCUGUGCUUUAUGAACAAUGCUGUGAUUUUGUAAAUACUGAUACAACCUUUGACCGAUGUAUGGAUAUCCCUUUGCCUUUAUCUCAAUCUCGCAUCGAAGAAAAAUGCGAAACUAUCUAUCAGUCAAUGCCUGAAUUUCAAGAAUUUACGAGAACCGUUGAUAAAUAUUUGAAGGUUUACACGCACAAAAAGAGACGUAACUUUAGUGGAAGACUAGAGAACCGGCUGGUUAAAUUGACUGAGAAUUCACCCGAACUAGCGAAUAACAACUGUAUAGAUUUGAAAGAUGAACCGUCGAGGAAUGAAACUGAACUGGAAAGCGAGUAUAUUUUAGGUUUAGGACCCAAAAUUGUAGAGAACAUAUCAGAUUUGACAAGUAGUGAUACCUCGGAGGAAAGUGUCGUCUCAACUGCAUCUGUUGACAUCGACACUACUGUCAACUUUAAUAAUAAACAUGCCAGACAAAUGAAAGAGAUUUUCACAAAUGAGCAAUUAGAUCCCACCAUUUUUAGAUCCAAUUCCAUACAGUGUCCACCAACAUUACGAAGAAGUGUGAGGCUGAGCCAGCACGAAAACGACGAUUCCACAAACGAUAAGACUCUCCAGGACAUGGAGAGAAGAAGGGAUAUGCGGAAAAAUUCUAUGACAAUAAAACGCAGGAACAAGGACUCAGAUUACAGUGAAUCAGAUGAGAAUAAAGCGAGUCCACUAAGCUCGGUGGCAAAAUGCUCAGAUCCACGAAGAUCACUGCGAAGUAAUAGCAAGUUUAUUGCACGUAGAAGCAAAAGCCAUUUAUCACUAUCCAAGGAUAUCAACAGAAGUGAAGAGAAAGUGAUAGCUAAUGGUAAAUUGAAGCCAGAUAAAUUGCAGAUAAUAAAACCAGAGCCAGGGGAAAAGUUUUCAAAUAAAUUCAACACCAUAGCUACUGUGAGUCGAGUACUGUGGGGUGACAUGUCAGACUGUUUGGAAAACAGCGAGAACAAUAUUGAGGACUAUAUGGACUAUUCGCCGAGCAAGGAGAUCCCGUUUGCCGUUGGACUAUUGCCGCUUCGUGCUGCCCUCGAAAGGAUGCAAGCCACACCCGAUUAUCAGCCGCGGAAAACCCGAUCCUCUGUGAUGCUGUUUAGGCAGGAGUUUAACGGUGUUAAAAGAAAAAGCUGUGGUGGUAGCAGCGCCGACUCAAAUAAUGGCAGCGCAAAACGACAGAACACUCAAUCUCCUGGUGAUAAUUUGAACAGCAAUACUGUUUGUCACGUUCGCAUUACUGCGAGUCAUUCACAGCCUGUGGUUAGGCCUCGACGAAAAUCGUUGAACGAGGAAGUAGCCGCCCGGACGAAUAUAACCAGUCGGCAAUGACACAGAUUGUUAUAUUUAUACGUAAAUUCUCUCUGCAUCAAAUUUAGCACAUUAUAUUGUAGAUUCAUAAUGAGUAUUCUCAGAACGUACUUAUACCUACAAUCAUGUAGGUAUUUUAUUCUGUGUGUAAUUCACACAUUCAUGUCGUAUUAAUAACUCGUUAUUUAGAUUUUAACAUCAAUUAAGUAUGUUGUUAUAACAUCGGAAGAUACAUUGCAUUUUUAUUUAUAAUUUUCUUUUUCUCUGCGCAUAUCACCAACCAAAUAACUUAAUUGGAAUUCUAUUGUGCAUACGUUAUACUGAUUGUCGGUACGUGUAGAGCAAUUUUCUUUUCUGUGCGAUCAACCCUGUUCGCUAAUCUGGAAUUGUUAAUUUGUUCCUUAUCGUUGUCGUAUUUGCAGAACAUGUUAUUUUAAGAGCGUUAAGUUUGUUGCGUAAAGUCGCAUGGAGUUGAAGCAAUUUAAUUAUACAUAUAAUCGUUGUAAAAAAAUUCAAAAAUUAUAUCGUAUAUCGAAAUGAAAUUGGCACUCGGCAUACGGUGUAGACAUUAUAUAUGAAAAAUAGGAAUGUUACUGUAAAUAAUUGAAGCCGUUCGUGUAUAUUUUCUUAAAUAAAAAUCUUAUUGAAUUA